AUCACUUCAAGCUAAAGACUCAAAUCAAACAUAUUACUUCCUCAAGCAACCUUCCUUCAUUCUCAUUAAUCAAGAAACAAAAAUGGCUGCAAAGGCAAAGGCUGCUGCCAAACGGGCCUCAAACAACAAAAAACUACCUAAUGCUACACAAACUAAAACCAUUGCUAUGCUUCAACACGAUCCUACCAGACCACCACCUCUGAAUCCAAAAGACCAAAUCAUCUUUAAGGAAAUCCUCCAUCAAUACGAAAACAAACAAUACACGGCUGGAUUAGAAAAUUGUAAUGCUCUCUUAGCUAAAUACCCUGGUCAUGGUGAAACUACCGCAAUGGCCGGUUUACUUCAUCACUCACUCAAUGAUAAACAAAAAGGUCAUACAUUAGUCAAGGCUGGUAUGAAAGCUGAUUUCAAGUCACACAUCGUUUGGCAUGUCAAUGGGAUCAUUACAAGGGCUGAUUUGAAUUAUGCAGAAGCCGUCAAAAGUUAUGCUCAAGCUCAUCGACUUGAUCCUGAAAAUAAUAAUAUCUUACGUGAUUUGGCUGUACUUCAAAUUCAAAUGAGACAGUAUGGUGCUUAUGUCGAAUCACGUUGGAAAAUGUUACGAAUCAAUAAAAGGUCUCGUACAGCUUGGAUUGCACUAGCGGUGGCCUACGUUCUCAACGAUCAAAAAGAUGCUGCACUCGAAUUAUUGGACGCUAUGGAGAACUUUGAGGUUACAUAUGAGCCUGAUCGUUGUUUUGAACGCUCUGAGCUCACUCUCUUCAAGGCUUCUAUCACAACACCACCUCAAAAAGCACUCGAGUACCUAGAGAGUCAUUCAACCGAUGUAUUAGAUCGAUCUGGUUAUCUGUUGGCUCGCGCACGACUCCUCACGGAUCUUGGCAGAACCGAAGCAGCUGAAUGGGCUUGGCUCGACCUCAUCGAUGGUAACACGGAAAAUCGGACUUAUUUGAAUGGUUAUAUCAAUACCAAAACACUCGAUGGGCAAUCGUCGAAUAUGGAAGUCUUGACAAAUCUUACUGAACGUUAUCCUGCUUCUAAACUCAUUCAGCGUACCAUCCUCGAUCACAGCUUUGGCACUCAAUUCGAAGCUGAAUUAGAGUCAUAUCUUUACAAUAGAUUUAGCAAAGGCAUUCCCUCAGUCUUCAAUGAUCUUAAGCCACUUUUGGCUGAUCCUGAAAAGGCUCGUAUCAUUCAAGCCGUUGCAGAACGGUUACGAAGUCAAUUUGAACAUAGCAGUGAUGCUAACAAAGAAUCACCUUCGACUUAUCUUUGGAUCUUACAUUUCUUGGCUCAACUUUAUUCUUCUUCACACUUUGGACUCACUUCUCAAGCGCUAGAAGUCGCUCAACUUGCCAUCCAACAUACACCUACUCUUCCAGACCUCUUUCUCUCAUUAGCUCAUAUCUAUAAACGAGCAGGGGCUUUUACAAAAGCAGCAGAUGCGUUAAGAGCAGCGCGAGAGUUAGAUGGUCAGGAUCGAUUCUUGAACUCGAAAUGUGCAAAGUAUAUCCUGCGGUCAAUUCGAGCUCAGACCGAUCGAGAAACUCAAUCCAAACUGCUUACAGAGACAAGAAAGCUGAUCGGAAUUUAUACACGUAAGGAUGCACCUGAUCCAGUGAGCGAUUUAGUAGAGAUGCAGGCAAUAUGGUACGUAGCCGAAGAAGCUGAGGUCGGGUUGAGAGUGGGUGAUUGGGGUGUUGCAUUGAAGCGCUUCCAUCAGAUUGUUGACAUCUAUCGAGUAUGGGAGGAAGACCAAUACGACUUCCAUACGUAUUGUACACGUAAAAGUACACUCCGAUCAUAUACCAACUUACUCAAGUUUGAAGAUACCCUUUACACUCAUCCUCAAUACUUUCGAGCCGUUUCACAAGCGAUUCAAAUAUAUUUAACACUUCAUGACCGUCGUUCAGCUAAAGAUAACACAAAUGGAAAACCUGAAGAGACUGCAAUGAGUAAGAAAGCAUUAAAGAAAGUAAAGAUGGCCGAGAUGAAAGCAAAGGCACAAGCUACGAUUGAGGCUAAGAAAGGUAAAUGUUUCUCGUAUUUUACUGGUUUUGAUCAAAGCUGA